AUGGGCCGAGGACUCGACCCCGUCUGGGAGUUCUACUACCGCAUCGACCAAGAUGUCCACUCGCUCGGUCUCAAAUCAAAGGCCAACACUGCCCACAACAACGGCUGGUGCAGGAACUGCGUCCGGGCCACGGUCAACCAGCUCCUCAACUGGCAACCUGACCACCAGCUUUUGGUAGAGGCUGGGAAUGAGGAGACUGCCCGAAGGUACAAAGCCAUGUCCGAGUUGACUCCCCUCACCGGCGUUCCCAGCCGCCUCCGAAGCCACCUCAUGAAGUGCCCUCAUUCACGACACGUCGAGAUCCCUCCCGCUUCCGUCCAGAAACGCAAGACCAAAGGUGGCGACGGCGCCUCUGGCAGCCGCCACAACUUGACUGGCACGCCCACCAAAGGGGGUAAAUUCACCGCCGAUGGGAGGUUUGGGGAAGAAGAGCAGGGCGAAUUCAACGUCCAUCUUUACCACCUCUUUGUCGCUCUCGAUAUCCCCUUUGAUCUCGUGAGCAACCCCACGCUUCAGCAAUUCGUCAACAGGUACAUCCCCGGUGCCGGCCUGCCCUCUCGCAGCCUCUUCUACACCCUUAAUGCGUCUCGCAGCAUGGGUUCUACCGCCCCCACGCUUUCCGCUGCUCAAGGUGCGACGGGAGGGUCGCCCGACUUUCAGGGUCUGGCAAAGCUCGCUGCCAACUUUGCGGCUGUACCAAUGGCGGGUGUAGGUGAACAGGAGACUGAGGAGGGGGAGAUGGCGUAUCAGCAGUAG